AUGCCGCCCCCAACAUCUUCAGACACCACCAAAUCCCCCCGCCAUCACGCCUGGAGCACCACCAGCGUGAAGAGCGGGAGCACCAGCGGCGGCCACCACCACCACCGCCCCCAAGACCAACAGUACGCACAGCAGCAUUGUGCCAGGAAGGACGCCGACGCCAAGACCGUGCAGCGAUGGCUUGAUGGGCGCGACCACCCCGCGCGGGAGGACGUGCUGGAUCGCGUGGCGCGGGCAUUUGAGCGUGGGCACGGCAAGGACAAGCGCGAGGGGGCGGCGAAGAUGAAGUUGUUUUACGAAGACGACGACACCGACGACGAAGAACAAGACCAAUAA